ACAUCUGUGUGUUUGUGUGGCAUGAACGCUCACACGAGGAGCUGUUGUCGGCUGAACGGAGUCGUGUUACAGCGCACGCUGGCCUGGAUUUGUGACAUCCAUGUUCCUCUACAUGCUGAUCUUCAUGGCGUAUCAUAGUAGCAGAUGGAUACCAAGGCACAAGCGGUUAAAAUUUCAAACAGUGAAUGCAGUGUUCAUAGCAAUUGUUCUGGUUCCUCAGUUCUACGUCCUGGCAAGGCCCAAAUCCUCCAGAUACUGCAGGCAGCCUCUUCUAAACAACCUGUCAGCCUCCGUUGCCUUAUCCUUUAUUGCUUCAGGUUUUGCAGUGAUACUCACGUUGUUAGAGCCAGUGCCUCAGAGCUUGUGGGCUUCCUAUCAUGUGUUUGGGCUGCUGUCGUGUGGACAAGGACUCUGCACUGCUAUCCUGACUCUGACGGCCACAGCAUGUGCCAAAACGACCCCGGAGCUGUACUACAUGUCUCUCAUCCUAACAGUCGCCUCUAUUUUCAGCACAGGUUUUUACAUGGUGAGAGGAGGACUGUGGCUGACUAACAGGCGGCCUGUGACUGACGCAGAGCAGUAAAAGAGUCCAGCUUGCCCACGUUGACAUCCGACACUCCACGUUAUUAAGAUUUCAUGUGAUUUCCAUGCCAACAGAACUGGAAACG